GCUGCAGCCUCGAGUGUCGACCGCUGCUCUCCAACACAUAAACUCUCUCUCUCGUAUGCACAGUAGUAUAUAAAGUGCGGUGGUGCACCCUGCCGCCGUCGUCGCCUCCUGACAUUUAAUCCCGUCACGACGAGUCGCUAUAGCUCGAGUGCAGUACACGCAACACGGGCGAAACGCACAACAACAGCAGCAGCAGCAGCAGCUCAUCGUCGUGAUCGGGCCUGCCUCAGUCUGCCUCGCUCGCGUAUAGUUUUUUUAGUGCCUAUAAUAUAGCUUCGCUAAAACUUCUCGCCGUUUCGUGCGCGCGAUUAUUAUAUCGCUCCUCGAGUCGAGAGUGUGUUGUGUUUUGCUGCUGCUGCUGCAGUGCGUGCGUGUGUGGUGUGUUGCGCGAUUUGGGCAACACAAAUAACGUAUAUACAGAUAUAUAUAUAGCGCAGCGCCGAGCAUCGAGUGAAAUUCAUAUCCACGGAAAAACAGCUUUUAAAGAGCUCGACGUGCUCCGCUGCCGCGAUACCGAAUGCACAGGCAGCGUCGCACUUAGUUAUCGGGCAUUGCGCCGACUAAACGUAGUCACGAAUACACGUAUAUAAUAUAAUGUGCGCUUUGUUGGCCCCUGCACUACUCGUCGAGCAGCUGCCAAGUAGCUGCAUGCCUUCUUAUACUUACACCACCAGCAGCACGGCUGAUCAUCAAUCGGUAGUAUUAUUCGGCAGCGCAUCAGCUCGUCGAUAGUGUUGUUGUCGUUGGUGUGUUGUAUACGUGAGACAUUUCAAGUGUAUAGCGAUACUCACUCAUGAGGAAAAGACCUAAGCCCAUAUCCGUGACAUUACCAAGAAGGCUCAGGCGCUUAUGUCUCAUCGCGACGACUCGUUCAAGCCUGCGAACUCUCACUGCUUUUACACGCUUGUAAGAAGUAUAUCUAAUAUUACGCCGAGAAAGCUCAUUCGUUGUCGUAUAGUCGACGGAUUCGGAUCUCGCCCGAUUUAAACGCAACAAGCACAUAUUAUAUACGUCAAUACAAAAUUUCAUCAUAGCGCACGGCACGAGCUUUUAUUAUACAGCUGCCAGCUGUGUUGUUGUACUCUCUCGUCCAUAAGCAACAAAAAUCUUCAGACGUCAACUGCCCGUGUCUCUGCAAAAACAAGUCAUUAUUCGAUGAUCGCACUAGCGCUCGUGAUAGGUGUUGCAGCAGCUCGUCGUCGUCGUAGUACUGUCUCCGAGUGUUCCGAAAGUGAUUAGCAGCAGGAGCCCAGCUGCACAAGGCGCAGAGGAGCUGCACAGAUAUAGUGACAGGAAGUCGAGGCUCGUACAUCGACGAGACAAACAGCAUCUGAUCGUCCUGGCCGCGCCGCCGUCAGGUCGUCGUUCCGCCACAAUGGCCGCAAUAGAAAACAAACCACCCACCAAAUCCGUGACCAGCCUCUAUCGGCUGAGCCUUCGAGUAGUAGCGAAAUACUAUUAUCAGUAUAAAAAGUCUUUCACUUAUCUGCCCGAAAUGGUUCACUUCGAUCUCGUCUACCAGUUGUAUACUGAAAACAAGCUUUCAGAGCUUCAAACUGAAUUGAAUGAUAUCAAUGUGGUAACAAAACUACUUAAUGUACAAAGUAGUCGAAAUCUGUUGAUCAAAUGCUUCCAGCUUUUAGUGGAUAAUGAUAUGCAUGCAGCAGAAGUACUAUGUGAUACUUAUCAUUCAAUAUGCACAAGAGCUAAAGAAGAUGCUACUUGGGACAAAAGACUUAUAAAUUUAGGCCUUCGUCUUGGAGGAUUUUUAAAUGAUGCAGGAUGGUAUUAUGAAAGUGAACAGAUUUUAUUAGACUGUAGGGAAUUGUGUCUUUUAGGAAAACAAAACCCUCAGACAUGGUGUGAAAUAUUAGAUUGCUGUCACAAAUUAAUUCAUGCACAAGCAUCAUAUUGCUCUUUCACUGGAGCUGCGUAUACCCAUGAUCUUGCUCUGGAAACAAUAGAUAAAUUAAAUGAAGUAGGUUAUUUAUACGUUAAUCAUGCAGCUUUGUAUGCAGAAUUUUCAGUUUUGUAUUUCAUAAGAAGUGAAUACGAUUUAGCGUACAAAUGGAGUUUACAAGCUUUAAAAGAGUUGAAUCCAUCUCUUCCAAAAUUUAUCAUUAUUAAUGUACUUCGUCAAGCUGCCAAAUCUUGUGUUGUCAAGAGAGAAUUCAAAAAAGCUGGCUUGCUCAUUAAACAAGCAAUAUAUCUUGCUAAAGAAAUCUUCGAUGCUAAUCAUCCCAAGUAUAGUGAUGUUCUCAUUGAUUAUGGAUUUUAUUUGUUGAAUUCUGAUAGUAUUGGUAAUAGUGUUGCAAUUUACAAGUUGGCUUAUGAAAUACGGAAAGGAGUUUAUGGUAAAAAUAAUCUAAAUAUUGCAAUGGCACAUGAAGAUUUAGCCUAUGCUUUAUACGUACAAGAAUAUAGUUCUGGAAAGUUUGGUGUUGCAAGAAGCCAUGCUGAUCUUGCCAUAGAAAUUAUGAUUAAAAUUCUACCAUCUGAACAUUUAAUGUUGGCUAGUGCCAAACGAGUAAAGGCUCUAAUUCUUGAGGAAAUUGCUUUGGAUGUUUCACCAAAUAGUUCUGAAAGUGACUUGUUGACUAUGUCAGAAGAUUUACAUAUGUGUGCUUUAGAUUUAUCAAGAACAGCUUUUGGAGAAAGAAAUGUACAAACUGCCAAACACUAUGGAAAUUUAGGAAGAUUGUAUCAAAGCAUGAGGAGAUUCCAAGAAGCAGAAGAAAUGCAUCUCAAAGCAAUUGGUAUAAAAGAAGAAUUAUUGGGUUGCGAUGAUUAUGAAGUGGGGUUGAGUAUAGGUCAUCUAGCUUCUUUGUAUAAUUUUCAUAUGAAUCGUUUUCAAGAUGCCGAGGCGUUAUACUACAAAAGCAUAGAAAUAAGUCUAAAGCUAUUUGGCAAUAGUUAUAGUGGAUUAGAAUAUGAUUAUCGGGGUUUACUCAAUGUUUAUGCCAAACUGGAAAACCACACCAAGUAUGUAGAAUACAUGGAUAUUCUUGCUCAAUGGAAAGAACUAAGAGAUAGGCAUGCCGAAAAUGAAGAGCCGCCAAUUGAACAAAAAUGCCCACAGCCUUUAGACGACGUAAUACAAACAUUUUUCUCUAUGUGAUACAAAAAAGUGAUAACUUUGUAACUUUAUGCAAGAAUGUUACAAGUUGGAUCAUUCAUAUACGGACUAAUUAAAAAAUCUCAAUGAAUCGAUUAUCGAGAUUUUGUGCUGUGAGAUUGAUGUGAGCUUGUAACAAAUGUAUGAACUAUCCGUUUGGAAAAUUUUAUUUGUAUUAUUUGUACAGCAUUCACUUUUUCAUUGUAAAGUUUGAUACUCAGUAUAUUCAAUUGGUGAUUAUUACUGGAAUGCAAUUUGAGCUAUUUUCAUUGCCUUGGUUUCAGAAAUUUCAAUAUUUUACUAAGAUCUGACAAAAUGAAAUAGCUAACAAAAACAGUGCAAAAAGUCAAAACUUGACUUUUCUAUGAUCAAUGACAAUGACUAUUUAUAAAAAGCACAAUCUUAUAAUUUCCAAAUUGCAAUCACCUUAACUUAUGAAAAUAAUAACUAUGAAAUUAGA